AUGGCCAUCUUUACGUUUCACAUUAGCUCAUACUGUUGUAAAUAUGAAACAAAUAAACAUGGCAAAACCGUCUGGGAAAAAAUGCGAGCAAUCGUAGUUAAAAAUUUCUACAAGAUUUGGGGGUUUAAAGGUAGUCUUAAGGGUAAUACUUUGAUUAAGCCAGUCUACGUUUACACCAGCGGUCCAGCGAGCGAGUUCAUUGAGAUACACGAGUAUUUUGGUGAACUCCUUAAUUGUUUUUUUUCUCGUUGGGUCCGUUUUUUUUGCGUGUUUGGUUUUGCAGCAGAUCUUGAAGCACAAGAACAAGAUAUGGAGCACCGAUGGACGCUUCAGGGUGGAAAUGUAGGAUUUAUCGACUGGAGAUAUAGCAUCUGCAGCAGUAGCAUUUCCAUUAGCAUUAAUUUAAGUUCUCAUAAGCCACAUAUGAGGUUUAAAUCAGUAAAAAUAUUGAGGGUUAAAUGUUCUCGAGACUAUCAGCUUUAUGCUCAAGGUCAUAAAAAUCACGGAGCAUGUAAAUACAUGCUGUCGGAAAUGCUACUGCUGCAGACGAUUUUUUUGAAAAGCAUUUACAAAAAGCACUUAAAUCGGGAAAAACUAAAUUUAAAUGCUACUGCUGCAGAUGCUCUUAUAGGUUCAUUCCAGCCAAUCAUUUCUCAAAUUUAA